AAAAGAACUGAGGAGGACUCCGAGCUCCACACGCGCAUUCACACAACCAGGACCAGAGUCGGUGCGCUCUAGCAGAAAGCAUCCAACCUCUUCAUCUCACGGCUCAGUCAACUGUCUGUACUCCUCUCCAUACCUCCAAGCUUAAACUACUGACUCUCUAUAGAUCCCCCCCCUCAGCGAGAGAGCUAUUAUUUAUUUUUCCUUGACAUUUUUCCAAACUGAGCACAGAGCGCAUCACUAGUCGGGACUCUUGAUUUUCUUUUGCUGUAAGUUUUCGCACUGUCGGGGAGGAAGAGAUGGCAGUCCCGGUGAAAACAGCACUGGCUCUCCUGGUUCUCACUGCAGGAACUGCCUCGUGUGCAGAGGUAGAGGAGCGACUAGUAAAUCACCUGUUGUCACCGGAACGGUACAACAAGCUGAUCAGACCAGCUGUCAACAACAGCCAGCAGGUCACCAUUUACAUCCAAGUGUCUUUGGCCCAGCUCAUUAAUGUGAAUGAAAGGGAGCAGAUCAUGACCACCAACUGUUGGCUCACUCAGGGAUGGAACGACUACAGAUUAAUGUGGGAUCCUGAUGAAUACGAUGGAAUCAAGAAAAUCCGUCUCCCAUCACAACACAUUUGGCUGCCGGAUAUUGUUCUUUAUAACAAUGCUGAUGGGACCUAUGAAGUUUCUUUUUACUCCAAUGCUGUAGUAUCUAACAAUGGAGAAGUGGCCUGGCUUCCACCUGCUAUUUACAAGUCUGCCUGCAAAAUUGAAGUCAGGGAUUUCCCCUUUGAUCAGCAAAACUGCACCCUCAAGUUCCGUUCUUGGACCUACGACCACACAGAAAUCGAUCUCAUCCUCCUCAGCGAUUACGCCUCACGUGACGAUUUCAAACCGAGCGGUGAGUGGGACAUUGUGUCGCUGCCAGGAAGGAAGAAUGAAGAUCCGAACGAUAUCAGAUACCUGGAUAUCACCUAUGAUUUUAUCAUUAAGAGGAAACCUCUGUUCUACACCAUCAAUCUGAUCAUUCCCUGCAUCCUCAUCACAUCCCUGGCUAUUCUGGUGUUCUAUCUCCCAUCCGACUGUGGUGAGAAGAUGACGCUCUGCAUCUCAGUUCUUCUGGCCCUGACUGUGUUCUUACUCCUGAUCUCAAAGAUAGUGCCACCUACAUCUCUAGCAGUGCCUCUGAUUGGGAAGUACUUGAUGUUCGCCAUGGUGUUGGUCACCUUCUCUAUUGUCACCAGCGUUUGCGUGCUCAACGUGCACCAUCGCUCUCCCAGCACACACACCAUGCCACCAUGGGUGAAGCGUGUCUUCCUGAACCAGCUGCCCUCCUUUCUGUUCAUGCGGAGACCUGGCAGCUCCAACAUCCGGGAGAGGUUUCGGAAAAAGCACCAGAAGCAGAAGUAUGCAGAGCAGAAGCUGUGUGGAGCAGAAGGUGGGAUUGGAGGCGGAGUGGCAGAUUCCUCCUCUUCCGUCUUUGUGAACGAAGACUCAGCCAAGCGCUACGGCUGGAGGAUCAGUGACCUGUCAGAAAACACAGAGUUCAGAAGGAGGAUGACUCUUAAGAGCAACAUUGAUGUGGAGGAUGCAGUGGAUGGGGUGCGCUACAUUGCUGAGAAGAUGAAGAGUGAAGAUGAUGAUGAAGGGAUUAUUGAAGACUGGAAAUACGUCGCAAUGGUGAUUGACCGUCUCUUCCUUUGGAUCUUUGUUUGUGUUUGUGUGGUUGGGACAGUGGGCCUCUUCGUGCAGCCUCUGUUUCAGAACUACAACACCCCCAUUGUUGAGGACUUGGAGCAUAACUGAAACCAGAGCAUCAAACUCAAAUUUUAACCUGACUGAGAAAUGAACUUUAGUUCCCUUAACAAACACAGCUCUGGGAUUUUUUGCCACAUGAAAGGUUUCACACACUGUUCACUGCACCUUGACUGGAAAACCAGACUUUUCAAGCUUCAUUCUGCCCUCAUCCAUCACCCGUCUUCUCCUGCUUUCUCUGUUCCACACCACGUUUAAACUAAUAUUUUAUUUCCUCAAACCUGAGUGCUAAGGUUAGCCAAACUUGAGUAAGCAGUAAUAAGAGGCAACAGCUAAAAAGAACAGUGGCCAAGAGGACAAGACUAGUUCUACAGCCAACGGCAUCAAACUGUGAAAAAGAAAAAGGUGUUAGAGCAAACACUGUUAUUGUCAAUCUUUGUAACAGCAGUUUCUUUCUUUCACUCAUUUUUUAAAAUCUAACAUCAAACAAUAGCUACAUUUUUGUUUCUUGAUCAAAUGUAAUGGAAAUAAAAUGACUUAUUAUUUGGAACCAUCAAAGACAGGAAGACACUAGUUUGUUUCUGAUUUUAAAACCAGUAAAAAGCUAUAAAAUCGGAUCCUUACAUUGACAGUAAAGCCUUUUAGAGAAGCUCUGUGGAGAUAAAGGAUCUGGGAUGCCCUUUUUCUUCACCAGUUCCAUCUAUACAGUUAGAGUUUACAAUAUUUAGGAAGAGACUAAUGGCACAAGAAGCAACAGACUCUUUAAAUAAAAAUAUCCAAGUUUAGUUUGAGAAAAAAGCUUUAUUUAAAUAAAAAAAAAAAGUUGUUGAAGAAGCUAUAAUAAUGCAAAAAGGAGUUUGCUGCUCUCUGUGUCAUUUGCGUAAAUUUAAAGCUCUGGCUUUGAGCAGUUUACAGUCAUUACCAAGGCAACAAGCAAUAAUAUUUAACCAUUAAAAGAUUUUUUGCAAUUAGUAUGCAUUUGAUGAGACAGAUUGUUUCACUGUGUUUUUUUAUUAGGUAAGACAACUUGUCUGUGCCAACUGCACUCACCUGUCACUGCUGCUAAUGUUUACCAGCAAAAAUGCCUGGUUAAAUGUUACUUUGUUAAUUGUUUUGUCAUUUAGUAGAGGACUGAAAGACACUAUUUCUUUUUCUCCCCCCUCCUCAGUCACUUAUGUUUUGUGGGUUUUAUCCUUUAAAAUUAAAACUGAGGUGGGGUUUAUGUAUCUCGCAAAGAGGGAUUAAUAAACGGAAAUGAGAGUAACAAAUGAUCAC